AUGGCCGCCGGGAUCGCGCUCUCCCUGUGCCCCGCGCCGUCGCCUCCGCCGCCACCGUCGACGCGCGGGCAGACGAGGAGGUGCCUCGCGCCGUCGCCGUCGCCGCUGCCGCACGGGCGCCUCGCCGUCCGCGGCCGCCUCGCGUGUCGCGCCGCCACCGCCUUCCAGAAGCUCGACGCCGUCGCGGUGCGGGAGGAGGAGGCCACGUUCAGGGAGGCGGCGGCGGCGGGGCACAACCUGCUGCCCCUCCGGCGCUGCAUCUUCUCCGACCACCUCACCCCCGUGCUCGCCUACCGCUGCCUCGUCAGGGAGGACGACCGCGAGGCGCCCAGCUUCCUCUUCGAGUCCGUCGAGCAGGGCUCCCAGGGCACCAAUGUGGGGAGGUACAGCGUGGUCGGGGCACAGCCGGCCAUGGAGAUCGUGGCCAAAGCCAACCAAGUGACGGUGAUGGACCACGAGAAGAAGUCCAAGAAGGAGCAUGAUGCGUCUGAUCCAAUGAAGAUCGCCAGGGAAGUUAUGGAGCAGUGGAAUCCGCACGUUACUGAGGACCUCCCUGAUGCAUUUUGUGGAGGAUGGGUCGGGAAUUUCUCAUAUGAUACGGUGCGUUAUGUUGAGACGAAGAAGCUUCCAUUUUCUAAGGCGCCUGAGGAUGAUAGGAACCUCCCUGACAUCCAUUUAGGCCUCUACAAUGACAUAGUUGUGUUUGAUCAUGUUGAAAAGAAAACACAUGUCAUUCAUUGGGUGAGGGUGGAUUGUUAUCACUCAAUUGAUGAAGCGUAUGAAGAUGGAAAGAAUCGGCUGGAAACUUUGUUAUCAAGAUUGCACAGCCUUAAUGUACCAACUCUUUCUGCUGGUUCUAUUAAACUUAAUGUUGAGGACUUCGGGUCAACAUUACAAAAAUCAUCAAUUUCUGCUGAGAACUAUAAGAAGUCAGUUGUGCAAGCGAAAGAGCACAUUCUAGCUGGUGACAUUUUUCAAGUGGUCCUAAGCCAACGUUUUGAGAGGCGGACAUUCGCGGACCCUUUUGAGGUGUAUCGCGCAUUGCGCAUUGUCAAUCCUAGCCCUUACAUGGCCUAUCUGCAGGCACGGGGGUGUAUUCUUGUUGCAUCAAGUCCUGAGAUUCUUACUCGGGUGGAAAAGAGGACAAUUGUCAAUCGGCCACUUGCUGGAACAAUUAGAAGAGGAAAGACAAAAGCUGAAGACAAGGUUCUAGAACAACUCUUGUUGAGUGACGAAAAGCAAUGUGCCGAGCAUAUUAUGUUAGUAGAUCUGGGACGCAAUGACGUUGGAAAGGUGUCCAAACCAGGUACAGUAAAGGUUGAGAAACUGAUGAAUGUGGAGCGAUAUUCACAUGUCAUGCACAUCAGCUCGACAGUUACUGGGGAGCUGCUUGAUGAUCUUACAUGUUGGGAUGCACUGCGAGCUGCAUUGCCUGUUGGAACAGUUAGUGGUGCUCCUAAGGUGAGAGCGAUGGAGUUGAUCGACGAGUUGGAAGGGAAGAUGCGUGGUCCAUACGGUGGCGGCUUUGGCAACAUCUCCUACCGCGGCGACAUGGAUAUCGCCCUUGCCCUGCGUACCAUCGUCUUCCCAACGGCUUCCCGGUUCGACACCAUGUACUCUUAUGACGGCGACAACAGCGCACGCCAGGAGUGGAUAGCGCACCUCCAAGCCGGAGCCGGGAUCGUCGCCGAUAGCAAGCCAGAUGACGAGCACCAGGAGUGCCAGAACAAGGCUGCCGGCCUCGCUCGUGCCAUCGAUCUCGCGGAGUCUACCUUCCUUGACUUCUCGGAUGUGUAACAGAUUAGCUCUCGCUCUUCCUAAUUUGAAGUCUGGCAGAAAACAUCCAAGUCUGUCCGCUGUCGGUGCUGCACCAAAUAAACAAUUGUAGCUAGUGUAAUAAGUUUUCAAUCAAUAAAAUAUGCAGCAGAUUGGAAUUCAA